AUGGUUUUUCUAGUCGCGAUAGCUUUCGUCGUCUAUGGUGCUUGCCUUGGAAUUUACCGCUUAAAGUUCUCUCCCCUUUCGAAGAUUCCCGGGCCCAAGCUGGCUGCUCUGACGUACUGGUAUGAGACUUACUAUGAGGUAUGGAAGGGCGGACAAUACUUUCGCGAAGUCGACAAGAUGCAUAGACAAUACGGUCCAAUUGUGCGAGUCACCCCGAAUGAGGUACAUUUUGACGACCCAAGUUUCCUUGAUGUCAUUUAUCCCAGCCGAGGAAAAAAGAUCAACAAACCCGAUGUUCGCCGCCUCGAGCCCAUUGUCAAACAGCAAAUUGAGCAGAUCUUUAGGCGCAUGGAGGACUCAGCUAAACGGCAAGAAGUUGUGAAGAUGCACCACUUGUUCAAAGCCUGCGCGAGCGACAUCAUCACGCUCUAUGCUUUUGGCGACUCGUUCAGCUUCUUGCACCAGCCCGACUAUGGAAGAGGAUACUUUGACGCAUGUGAUCAACUCAACACCAUGACACACGUCUUUGGCAAUUUCCCUUGGCUUAGGAUCUUGGCUUCGUCUGCCCCUGACUGGGCUAUGAAGAAGCUUUUGCCGUCCAUGUCGGAAUUUUUGGACAAGAAAGAGUGGUGGAUCGGAAAGAUCCGUGAAAUCAGAGGCUCUGUCGAUCCAAAACUUGCGCAAAAUACCAUAUUGGGUGGCAUACUCAACAGUACUCUCCCUGCAGAGGAUAAAACAGAUGCGAGAGUGGCGAGUGAAGCACAGUUGGUUGUGCUUGCUGGCGAAGGCACUACUGCGCUCGCCCUCACUACAUCUCUGUAUCAUCUACUGGCGAAUCCUGAUAUUCUACAAAGACUGAGAGAUGAGCUUAUGGAAGCAGUACCUGAAAGAAACCGCCUCCCGACCGCUUCAGAAGUCGGUGGACUUCCCUAUCUGAACGCCAUCAUCAACGAGGCUAUUCGCCUGCACCCCGGAGUCAUGCAUCGACAAGUCCGCGUUUGUCCCAGCGAGACAAUUGUAUACAAGGAUCAAUCCAGUGGUGCAGAGUACUGCCUUCCGCCGGGUACAUGCUACAGCAUAUCACCGCUUACCAGCCACAUGAAUUCGAGCGUCUUUAAAGACCCUUAUGAAUUCUGUCCACAGAGAUGGAUCGAGACUCCUGAGAUCUCUAGGGCAUUUAUGGGCUUUUCAAAAGGGUCAAGGGGCUGCGUAGGCAUGGGCCUUGCGCGCCAUGAAAUGACUCUGGUGUUGGCCAGCCUGUUUCUCAAAUACGACGUGUACAGCGGGCAAAGCGGACCAACGUUGGAACUGUUCGAUACGAUUCGCUCCCGAGAUAUCGAUGCCAACAGGGAUUACAUCGUUCCACUUCCUGCUAAGGGGAGUCUGGGCCUCCGUGUGAAGAUACGGAAUUGA